GCCAACUGCAAGGUAAUUUUGUAGUCUGUAGUGAGGGCUAGUCUGAGCAUACUUCCUGGAUGCAGAGCAACCGCUUUGUCGUCGGAGUCUUGUACAUUUCAAGCUCUUAUUAACUGGGUGUUUUCCAAUAUUAGCUGUUUGAAUGCUGAAUGUGACGUCACCCUCGCUGCUUCUCAUUGGCUGAUCACACGAGUCAACAAACAACAAAGACUAUAUACAUACAACGGGCAUGCACAUGUGGUGGCCAUUCUGCUGAGAGCCCGUUAUAACGCGUCUACUCAUUCAACUACAUUUCUAACAGUUUCUGGAGAAGAAUUCAGCUUUUAACCUUUAUUUUAGAGUGGAAAUAGCACUUAAGAGAUGAACGGAGACUUCGUGGACGCCAGGCGCGAGGAUACACCAGAUGCUGGUAAGAAUGGGGCAUCAGGACAGCAGUCCAUGCAGGUUGAUGCAAAAGGUCACUCGCAUGCCUUCAGAUACAGCCUGGACUACCCCAACAUCGGCCACUGCAUCAUCAUCAACAACAAGAACUUUGAUCGCAAGACGGGCAUGAACCAACGCAAUGGCACAGACGUAGAUGCAGGAAACGUAAUGAGCAUGUUUCGAAAGCUCGGAUACAAUGUAAAAGUCCACAAUGACCAGACAGUUCGGCAGAUUGUACAGGUUUUAACCACAGUUGCAAGGGAUGACCACAGCCGUUGUGCUUCAUUUGUGUGUGUGAUGCUGAGUCACGGAGAUGAGGGUGUGUUUUUUGGCACUGAUGGUGCUGUUGAGUUUAAGUCCUUAACAAGCCUUUUCAGAGGAGACCGCUGCCCAUCACUGGUGGGAAAGCCUAAACUUUUCUUCAUACAGGCUUGUAGAGGCACAGAACUGGAUCCUGGUGUGGAGGCAGACAGCGCAGAUGGGUCUAUGAGGAUCCCAGUGGAGGCAGACUUCCUCUAUGCCUACUCUACAGCACCAGGUUACUACUCCUGGAGAAAUACAAUGACCGGCUCAUGGUUCAUUCAGUCUCUCUGUGAAAUUAUGGCAAAGUAUGGCAAAGAACUAGAACUGAUGCAGAUCAUGACCAGGGUGAACCAUAAGGUAGCACUCAAUUUUGAGUCAACUUCCAACAUGCCUGGCUUUGACGCCAAGAAACAAAUCCCCUGCAUUGUCUCAAUGCUCACCAAAGAGAUGUACUUCACUCCUUGAGAGGGAUUAUGUUUUGAGAGAUUAAAGGGAACAAUAGGGCUUUUCCCAGCCUUUAUUUGUAUAUAUAUAUACAUCACAGGUGUAGGUUUAAAGGGUAAUUCACCUACAAAUUAAAAUUCAAAAAGAAUUCACCCUCAUGUUGUCAUGUCAUAACUUAAAACUCUAUUUAGUAAGAAAGUCAGAAAGGAAGGGUUUGGAACAAAAUGAGGUUGAGCAAAUGAUGACAGAAUUUUCAUUUUUGGGUGAACUAUCCCUUUAAAAGGAUAAGAUUAUAGACCCUUUUCACAAGAAAAAAGUAAACCACUUAUUUUCUAGAAGCAUGGGCUGAACAUUUUGGGACUUUAACUUUCUCAGGACUGUUGUUGUAGAUGUACUGUUUUUCUUAACAAUUAUAAUUGCCAUUUAAUGUUUUGUAUAUGAAAUGAAGGCGCUCGGGUGUUUCUUGUGACCAUAUAACAUUUCACGUGUCCCUUGCCUCUGGUUUUCUAAUCAAAACUUUUGAAAAAGCAAUCAUCAGGGACAAGUUAUAUUGGGAUUUAUAGAAUUACAGUAAUCAGGGACUUUGAUAAACUUUCUGGUAAUGAUGCUGCACUAGUUUGAGUGUUAAGACGACAGAUGGCAUUAAUCAGUUAAGGCAGCAGAUUGAUCUUGGGAAACCAUUGUGCCUAUUUUAAUCUGAAAAACAACCAAAACUAUUCCCAGGUGCCUCUCACUGAGCCAUGUUAACAAUCUUUGAUAACAUUUUGAUUAAAAGUCACAUACAGCUCUCUGCUGAGACAUGAUGCAUGCAUUAUUUAAAGGAAUAUUUCUGGUUUAAUACCAGUUUUGGGCAGCAUCUGUGACAUGCUGUCAGUUACCAUAGUAAACACCAUGCACAUACUUAUAAGCACUUACCAUGGAAGUCUAUUAGGCAAUCGUACAUUUGUAGGUGCCUGUAAGGAAAAAAUUUAAAUGCGUUUGUUUGAUUUUACAACCUCUUGGGACAGAAUGUCAAAGAUGCUAUCGAUAUGUCUUAAUGUGAAUAUAACCUGGAAUAUACUGUACCUUUGCCAGUCCCUUUAAAAUUCUGUGAACAUUAGCAUCAGUCACAUAUUAAAACUAUCAUGUAGAAUUCUCUGUAUUAGGCAUGCAAGAUCUGUGUCUGACUGUGAUCUUUUACAAGUCACUGAACUCUUCCAUGUAAGAUUUUGUUUUUGUUCACAAAGCAUCAUACUCUUUAUAUUAUUAUUAUUAAUGUAUAAAGAUUAGUCACACUGUGCAUGCUUAUUUCAAAAUGUUUGUUAAAUCUAUAAAAGACAAUGUAAAGGUGUAUGUAAUUAACAGAAUGCUUUGACUAAUUGUUCAUUACACAUUUACACAAGA